AUGAAGUUCUCCGUUGCUACCGCUGUUUUGGCCCUUGCCACCGCCGUUGUUGCCGUCCCAGGCUCCAGAUACUCUCCUCAGCAGGAGCGUGACUUCAAGUUCAACAUGCAGAAGUUUGAGAAGAACUGUGGCUCCAACAACCAGGUCUCUUGCUGCAACGAGCACGUCAAGAAGAUCUCUCCCCAGACCGCUGCUGGCCUCUUGCCAAUCCUCAACAACCUCGACAUUAGCGAACUCUCCCUCAUGAAGGGUUGCUCCAAGCUCGACGUUGCUGCCCUCGUUGGAAUCCAGGACUUGCUCAACUCCAAGUGCAAGACCCAGGUCUCUUGCUGCGAGACUGGUGACACCAACCAGGUUGGUCUCGUCAACGCCAACGUCGACCUCAAGUGUGCUGUUCACAACAUCCUCUAA